AUGGAGACAGGGAUCUUGGAGAAGAGGGUCCUGCCACAGAGUCAGUAUGUCUGGAUGGAGGCGGGGAUCUUGGAGAAGAGGGUCCUGCCACCGAAUCAGUAUGUCUGGAUGGAGCCAGGUAUCUUGGAGAAGAGGAUCCUGCCACAGAGUCAGUAUGUCUGGAUGGAGACAGGGAUCUUGGAGAAGAGGAUCCUGCCACAGAGUCAGUAUGUCUUGAUGGAGACAGGGAUCUUGGAGAAGAGGAUCCUGCCACAGAGUCAGUAUGUCUGGAUGGAGGCGGGGAUCUUGGAGAAGAGGGUCCUGCCACAGAGUCAGUAUGUCUUGAUGGAGGCGGGGAUCUUGGAGAAGAGGGUCCUGCCACAGAGUCAGUAUGUCUGGAUGGAGACGGGGAUCUUGGAGAAGAGGACCCUGCCACAGAGUCAGUAUGUCUUGAUGGAUGCGGGGAUCUUGGAGAAGAGGGUCCUGCAACAGAGUCAGUAUGUCUGGAUGGAGACGGGGAUCUUGGAGAAAAGGGUCCUGCCACAGAGUCAGUAUGUCUGGAUGGAUGCGGGGAUCUUGGAGAAAAGGGUCCUGCCACAGAGUCAGUAUGUCUGGAUGGAUGCAGGGAUCUUGGAGAAGAGGGUCCUGCCACAAAGUCAGUAUGUCUGGAAGGAGAUGGGGAUCUUGGAGAAGAGGGUCCUGGCACAGAGUCAGUAUGUCUGGAAGGAGACGGGGAUCUUGGAGAAGAGGGUCCUGGCACAGAGUCAAUAUGUCUGGAUAGAUGAGGGGAUCUUGGAGAAGAGGGUCCUGCCACAGAGUCGGUAUGUCUGGAUGGAGACAGGGAUCUUGGAGAAAAGGGUCCUGCCACAGAGUAAGUAUGUCUUGAUGGAUGCGGGGAUCUUGGAGAAGAGGGUCCUGCCACAGAAUCAGUAUGUCUGGAUGGAGACAGGGAUCUUGGAGAAGAGGAUCCUGCCACAGAGUCAGUAUGUCUUGAUGGAGACAGGGAUCUUGGAGAAGAGGAUCCUGCCACAGAGUCAGUAUGUCUGGAUGGAGGCGGGGAUCUUGGAGAAGAGGGUCCUGCCACAGAGUCAGUAUGUCUUGAUGGAGGCGGGGAUCUUGGAGAAGAGGGUCCUGCCACAGAGUCAGUAUGUCUGGAUGGAGACUGGGAUCUUGGAGAAGAGGACCCUGCCACAGAGUCAGUAUGUCUGGAUGGAUGCGGGGAUCUUGGAGAAAAGGGUCCUGCCACAGAGUCAGUAUGUCUUGAUGGAUGCGGGGAUCUUGGAGAAGAGGGUCCUGCAACAGAGUCAGUAUGUCUGGAUGGAGACGGGGAUCUUGGAGAAAAGGGUCCUGCCACAGAGUCAGUAUGUCUGGAUGGAUGCGGGGAUCUUGGAGAAAAGGGUCCUGCCACAGAGUCAGUAUGUCUGGAUGGAUGCAGGGAUCUUGGAGAAGAGGGUCCUGCCACAGAGUCAGUAUGUCUGGAUGGAUGCAGGGAUCUUGGAGAAGAGGGUCCUGCCACAGAGUCAGUAUGUCUGGAAGGAGACGGGGAUCUUGGAGAAGAGGGUCCUGGCACAGAGUCAGUAUGUCUGGAAGGAGACGGGGAUCUUGGAGAAGAGGGUCCUGGCACAGAGUCAGUAUGUCUGGAUGGAGACGGGGAUCUUGGAGAAGAGGGUUCUGCCACAUAGUAGGUGUCAAUGGCCAUCUCUACCACCGUUGCAUCCUGCUUAG